UUCUUGCAGCCAUGCCAGUGACGGUAACCCGCACCACCAUCACGACCACCACGACGUCGUCCUCGGGCCUGGGGUCCCCCACGAUCGUGGGGUCCCCUCGGGCCCUGACACAGCCCCUGGGUCUCCUUCGCCUGCUGCAGCUGGUGUCUACCUGCGUGGCCUUCUCACUGGUGGCUAGCGUUAGCGCCUGGACGGGGUCCAUGGGCAACUGGUCUAUGUUCACCUGGUGCUUCUGCUUCUCCGUGACCCUGAUCAUCCUCAUCGUGGAGCUGUGCGGGCUCCAGGCCCGCUUCCCCCUGUCUUGGCGCAACUUCCCCAUCACCUUCGCCUGCUACGCAGCCCUCUUCUGCCUCUCUGCCUCCAUCAUCUACCCCACCACCUACGUCCAGUUCCUGUCCCACGGCCGUACCCGGGACCACGCCAUCGCCGCUACCUUCUUCUCCUGCAUCGCUUGUGUGGCUUAUGCCACCGAAGUGGCCUGGACCCGGGCCCGGCCCGGCGAGAUCACUGGCUACAUGGCCACCGUGCCCGGGCUGCUGAAGGUGCUGGAGACCUUCGUGGCCUGCAUCAUCUUCGCGUUCAUCAGUGACACCAACCUGUACCAGCACCAGCCAGCCCUGGAGUGGUGCGUGGCGGUGUACGCCAUCUGCUUCAUCCUAGCGGCCAUCGCCAUCCUGCUGAACCUGGGGGAGUGCACCAAUGUACUGCCCAUCCCCUUCCCCAGCUUCCUGUCGGGACUGGCCUUGCUGUCUGUCCUCCUCUAUGCCACUGCCCUUGUUCUCUGGCCCCUCUACCAGUUCGAUGAGAAGUAUGGCGGCCAGCCUCGGCGCUCAAGAGAUGUAAGCUGCAGCCGCAGCCAUGCCUACUAUGUGUGUGCCUGGGACCGCCGACUGGCUGUGGCCAUCUUGACAGCCAUCAACCUACUGGCGUAUGUGGCUGACCUGGUGCACUCUGCCCGCCUGGUUUUUGUUAAGGUCUAAGACUCUCCCAAGAGGCUCCCAUUCCCUCUCCAACCUCUUCGUUCUUCUUGCCCGAGUUUUCUUUAUGGAGUACUUCUUGCCUCUGCCUUUCCUAUGUUUUCCUCUUCCUGUCUCCCCUCCCACCUUUUUCUUUCCUUCCCAGUUCCUUGCACUCUAGUUCUUGGAUGCAUCUUCUUCCUUCCCUUUCCUCUUGCUGUUUCCUUCCUGUGGUGUUCUGUUGCCCACAUCCUGUUUUCACCCCUGAGCUGUUUCUCUUUUUCUUUUCUUUUUUUUAAGACGGAGUCUCACUCUGUGGCCCAGGCGGGAGUGCAGUGGUUGAAUCUUGGCUCAGUGCAACCCCCGCCUCCCGGGUUCAAGCAAUUCUCCUGCCUCAGCCUCCCAAGUAGCUGGGAGGACAGGUGUGAGCUGCCGCACCCAGCCUGUUUCUUUUUCCACUCUGUUUUUUUUUUUAAUCUCUUUUCUGGGUUUCCUGUUGGCUUUCUUAACUGCCUGUUUCCCAACCACCUUCUCCUAUGUCCUUGGGAGCCCUGAGACUUCUUUCUCUUCCUGCCUCCACCCACCUCCAAAGGUGCUGAGCUCACACAUCCACACCCCUUGCAGCCGUCCAUGCCACAGCUCCCCAAGGGGCCCCAUUGCCAAAGCAUGCCUGCCCGCCCUCGCUGUGCCUUAGUCAGUGUGUACGUGUGUGUGUGUGUGUGUGUGUGUUUGGGGGGUGAGGGGUGGGUAGCUGGUGAUUGGGUCCCCUUUCUCCCAGUGGAGGAAGAUGUGCAGUGGACUUCCCCUUUAAGUUAAAAAUAUAUAUACACAUAUAUAU